CCUUCACCAGGUGAUAGCUCCACCUCUAGUAGGUGAUAGCUCCACCUUCACCAGGUGUUAGCUCCUCCUCUAGCAGGUGUUAGCUCCACCUCUACCAGGUGUUAGCUCCUCCUCUAGCAGUGCUGGAUCCAUCAAUUAUGACAAUUACGCAUCUGGCUGUUGCAGAUGAUUAAUACCAAGUGAAAUUGUUCUCAAACCUACUUUUUCCAGUUUAAACAACCGGACUGGUUCAACCUCAAUAGAUCUUGACGAAUCUUGGUACUUUUCUCUGUUUGACGAAUGUUGGUACUUUUCUCUUCCUUGACUUAAAUGAAAAACAACAAUGACGAUGAGAGAUGAUGGCCAUCUUUCGUUGGCUAAUGACCGUCUGGAUAAUAGAAAACUGCGUCAUGUUUGCAGCAGGUGAAGCACCCAGCUCUAGUCUAGACUGUGGCACCAGUCCCUGUGUUGAAGACAUCAAUGAGUGCAGCCUCAACUCAUCUCUUUGUCUCAAUGGAGCUUCCUGUGUCAACACAGUUGGCUCAUAUCUGUGCCAGUGUGCUCCUGGCUACACAGGGGAACUCUGUGCCUCUGAGAUUGAUGAGUGUGCCAGCAGCCCCUGCUACUUUGGGGGAACAUGCAUCGACCUGAUCAACAACUUCCGUUGUCAAUGUCUGCCAGAGUUUGAAGGUCCACAGUGCCAGGGGGUCAUUCGUCAGUGUCAGAUUCAGAGUCCUUGUGGGGAUGAUGGCAUUUGUGUUGAUAAACCAUUAGGUGGUUAUAAGUGUUUUUGUAAACCUGGAUACUAUGGUGAUCAUUGUGAAUUUGAGGUGAAUUUAUGUGUCACAAUGCCAUGCCUGAAUGGAGCAACUUGUGUGAAUUAUGCAAUCAACUACUCUUGUAUAUGUGCACCAGGUUACACUGGUGCCCACUGUGAAACAGACAUCAAUGAGUGCUCUAGCAAUCCCUGCCUGAACAAUGGGAGCUGCACUGAAGGCCAGCCAAACACCUUCAGCUGUCAGUGUGUGGCUGGAUUUGUUGGCCCUCUCUGUCAGACCAACUACAACGAAUGUCAGAGUAAUCCAUGUCAAGGCCAGCAAGUCUGUGUAGAUCUUCUAAACGAUUACAGAUGUGAAUGUCCACCAGGCACCACUGGGAAGAUUUGUGAGACAGACGUCUUUGACUGUAGAGUAGCUCCUUCUUGUCUCAAUAAUGGCUCAUGUCUAUUUAUAGAAGGAGCUUAUAUCUGCCAAUGUCUACCUCCAUUUACUGGCCAGAACUGUGGCACCAGCCUUGACCCUUGCACACCUAGUCCUUGCCUGUUUGGUGGCACCUGCUACAGGGUUAAUGCAAGCAGUUACGGCUGUGCCUGUGUGCAGGGUUAUGUAGGAGCACGCUGUGAAGCAGACGUCUAUGACUGUCUAGUUAACCCAUGCCAGAAUGGUGGGACAUGCGUGGACCUUUCUUAUCUUGGUCAAGUGGCAUCUGUCAACAGAUCCUCGGUCAACACAGAAGAAGCUUUGAGAAACUUGAAGUGUGCCUGCCCAGCCAAAUUUACAGGGACACUCUGUGAGCAGGAGCUGACAGCCUGUAUGUCCAGUCCCUGUCAUAAUGGAGGAACCUGUUCAUCUCAGGGCAUUCUGGAUUAUAGCUGUGUAUGUUUACCUGGAUGGACUGGCCCCAACUGUGGUCAAGACAUCAACGAAUGCUUAGCUGUUCCAUCUAUUUGUGUCAAUAAUGGACAAUGUAUUAACAGAUCACCAGGAUAUUUUUGCGUGUGUCCAGUUUACUGGACUGGGGCAAGAUGUGAAACAGACAUUGUAGAGUGUAACACAUAUUCUUGUGUGAAUGGGGGAACUUGUCUUGAAGGAAUUGGUCGACCAUCUUCAUGCAUUUGCACUGCUGGUUUUACUGGCAGCAAUUGCUCUACAAAACUCUCUAGUUGUGACCCAAAUCCAUGCCAAAAUAAUGCCACCUGUAUUGAUGAGACGGAUGGGAUAAACUUUACCUGCAACUGUUUACCUGGAUACACAGGUUUGUCGUGUGAGACCAAUGUGGAUGAGUGCACCACCCUAAAGCCCUGCCAUAACAAUGCCACAUGCAUAGAUGGCAUCAACAGGUACAGUUGUCAGUGUCAGGUGGGAUGGACAGGUGAGACAUGUCAAGAAAAUAUUGAUGACUGUCUCUCUAACCCUUGCCAGAACGGAGCUACAUGUCUGGAUUUCAUUGGCUACUUCAAAUGUCAGUGUCCUGUGGGCUACACAAAUCCAACAUGCGAUUAUAAUAUUGAUGAGUGCAUCUUCCAGCCUUGCAGAAACAAUGGUACAUGUUUGGAUGUGACCGAUGGAUUUGUCUGUCAGUGUUUACCUGGCUACACAGGUGUUGCUUGUGAGUCAGAUAUUAAUGAAUGUCUAUCUGCACCGUGUGCUAAUGGAUCAACAUGUGUAGAUAAAAUUAAUAAUUUCACAUGCGUCUGUUUACCUGGACUAACAGGACCUGUGUGUACUGAGGAUAUCCAAGAGUGCUCCCCCUCCCCCUGCCUGAAUGCUGGCACUUGUUUAGAGCCCCAGCUGGCCAUGUAUUCCUGCUCAUGUCCUGCUGGGGUGGCAGGCACCAACUGUGAAAUUAUAAAAACUGCAACCUUUGAUGGGAAUGACUUCCUCACAUUUACCUCAUUGACUGAUAAGUUUAUUGAAAACAUCAACCAAGAGCUCAGCUCAACCGGUGCAGUUAUAACAAUCCAGUUUACAUUUACAACAACAGUCUUAGAUGGAGUUAUCCUAGUACUUACAGGGAAUUCCAAAGCAUAUCUACCUCAGCACCUACUAUUAGAACUGCUCAGCUCCAGACUUUAUAUCUCUGCCAGCAAUGGGGAGCAGGUACAGAGAAAUUCUAUCCUUUUACCUGACCAGCCAUCAACCAUACAAAGUCAUACAGUGCUGAUCAGAAUGGCGGAUCAGUACUGUAAAUUAACACUGGAUUCAAACAUGUGUUCCACAACCAGCAGCUGUGACAGACAGAUGGACUUUGUUAACUCAACUGCUUGGAACUUUGAUGGGGUCUUUUAUUUUGGUGGGGUGAAAACCAUCACCCCAUACAUCAGAAAUAUUCUUCUCCAGAACAGCUAUUUCAUUGGAUGUUUAGGGAAUUUGAUAAUCAAUAGCAGAGCUGUAAACUUGGCUGAUGGCAUACAGUACAGUGGCAUCACACCAGAACUUGUUACAACUCCUCUGAUUGGCUGCGCUGAUCAUGUGCCAUGUUUAAACAGCACAUGUAAAAAUGGGGGCAAGUGUCUAGACAUGUGGACACACCAGUCAUGUAACUGUGUCCCUGGCUUCACAGGGCCAACAUGUGCCCUGCAGAACAUGGCCAAUUUUCACAAGGAAAACAUGUUGUACUUUGAUGAGAGGGGAGUUAUCUCCCAGCUUUCACUUGAGUUUAAUGCAGCUAAUGGAAGUGGGCUGCUGUUAUACACGCUGACAUCAGACAUGUUCAGCCUAAGUCUGGACAACGGUCAGAUUCACUUGCAGCUGGUGCCACAGACUACAGGGCGUGACCGUGUCCUAAAACUUGGCAGCAACCUUCAGGGCUGGGUCACGGUCAGUUUACAGUUUGUUGGUCAACUCUACACACUGCAUGCAUUUACUCCAUCUGGACCACUAGGACCUGCAACAGGCACUGCUAGCAGUCAGAUUGUUGCCACUGGACCAAUUUAUCUUGGUGCACUUCAUGUAGCUUUUGACCAGUGGAGAAAUAGAAAUCCUCGGCUGCCUUCAGAGUUAAGCAUCAGUGGGUGUAUACGAAAUGUGACAAUUAAUAAUAAUUUACUGGAUUUGUCAAGAAAUGUUGCAACUCCCCUGGGCAAUGAUCCAGCCCCAGCUAGAGCAGGAUGCGAGGUAGAAGAGGCUUGCUUGUCUAAAACCUGCCUCAAUCAAGGUGUCUGUUGCCUCAGCUGGACUAGUCCAACUUGUCAGUGUGCUGUAGGCUACACGGGGGAGAACUGCUCACAGGCUCUGUCAGCAAGUUUUAAUGGAGUCAGCAGUUAUUCCUUCGUCCUGUUAGAUAGAUCACUUUUCUCCUUUGGGGACUCUGGGGUGCUGGAGUUCCGUACUAGACAAGCCACAUCAACUCUUUUGUUGCUGCAGUUUUUAAACUCAACUGGUGCUGUAGGGAACUUUAUUGAGAUAAGAAACUCCAACAACAAGGUACAAAUCUAUAGCAGUUUUAGUAAAGAUCUGGUAGAAUCUGACAUAGAGAUCUCAGAUGGUGUCUGGCACACCUUAUCAUGGAGAAGAGAGAAAUCAGUUUUUGUUGUUAGUUUAGAAGGAACCAAUCUGUUUCUUGAUGCACAGUUUAACCCAUCUGACACGAGUUUAAACAGUACAAUGUACAUUUAUAUAGGAGCUAGGCCAGUUAAUCCAGGCAAUGCUUCAACUCUAGUGGGCUACUUUAAAGGAUGUCUGGGUACAAUCUCCUUCAACAACCAGCCCCUGCUUUAUGCUGUGGAUGGCAUCUCCCCUGGUGCUGUGGUCAGUGCCACCAAUACACUUGUUGGUUGUACGGGUGACAGUGUGUGUCUCAUCAACCCCUGUCCAGCCAAUUCCUACUGUGUGGAUCAAUGGAACAGCUUCCAGUGCCCGUGUUUGGCAGGAUGGGAAGGCUCAAACUGUAGCACCAGCUCUGAUGAUUGUGUCAACCCAAACUGUAGCACCAGCUCUGAUGAUUGUGUCAACAAUUCCUGCCAGAAUGGUGGGCUGUGCAUUGACCAACACCUGUCCUACUCAUGUCAGUGCAGCGACAACUGGACUGGUCAGUUCUGUGAGACGCCGGUCCAAGCCUGCAACCAUAGCAUGUGUGUGACCAAUCAGACGUCAUCUUGUGUGUCUCUUAAUGCCUGGGACUUUUUCUGUGACUGUUUACCUGGCUAUACAGGGAGAUUUUGUGAGCAGCAAUUUAACAACUGCAGUUCUUUCCCUUGUCUUAAUAAUGGGACUUGUGUGGACUCACUCAAUAAUUAUACCUGUAGAUGCAUGAAUGGAUACUCCGGCCCACAGUGUGAGUUCAAGGAUUACUGUAUACCCCAGCCAUGUUUUAAUGGCGGCACAUGCUACUCUAAGACAGCCUUUUCAGAUGUCACAUCAAGCACCAGUUUAACAAACUUUACAUGUCAGUGUGUCAACGGAUAUUUUGGUUUGCAGUGUCAAAGCUACAAUUAUUGUCUACAAAAUAAAUGUCUAAACAAUGGAUCUUGUUUACUUGAAAUAGAUACGUUCACAUGUAACUGUUCUACAGGUUACUAUGGUGCUAACUGCCAGUUUGUUGAUUACUGUGCAUCAAGUCCAUGCUUACAUUCAGGCCAAUGUCGUAACACACAGGAAUCUUUUGUUUGCUUAUGUCCAUCCUUGUAUACUGGAACAACAUGUGAAGUACCUGUGAAUCAGUGCACAACAAACACCUGUUUUAAUGGAGGCACCUGCAUGUUGGAUAGCACACCUGCAUCAAGUAGCAGCUCCAUCUGUGUGUGUCCUGUGAACUACACAGGUAAACAAUGUGAAACUUUUGUCAACCCAUGCCAGUCUCAGCCGUGUGCCAACAGUGGAACGUGUAGCCUGACUGCGCUUGGCUUCACCUGCACAUGUAGCCCAGGAUUUACUGGCAGCUUGUGUCAGGCUAACAUAGAUGAGUGUAGCACACGACCGUGCCAAAAUGGUGGAUCAUGUCUUGAUAAGGUCAACAGUUACGCUUGUAGCUGUACUGCUGGAUUUACUGGUGAGAGUUGUGAGGUGGACAUGAGAGGCUGCACAUCAAACCCCUGCCUGAACCAUGCCCAGUGUUUAGGGAGUGGGGCCAAUUUCACCUGUCUGUGUCUACCAGGAUAUACAGGAAUGUUGUGUGGGGAGAACAUCAAUGAUUGCUCCAGUAAUCCAUGUAAAAAUGGAGGCAGCUGUGUUGAUGGGGUCAACUCCUACAGGUGCUUGUGUUCCCCAGGUUUCACUAGCUCUGACUGUACAGUGUUGACAGACCCAUGCUACAGCCAGCCAUGUUUUAACCAAGGUGUCUGCACAUACAGAGGUCUGUGUAGCUGUCCAGAUGUCAACAGCCCUUGUGAAUGGUUCAAUCAAACUUGUCAAACACAGAGAUGCAUUCAGAGAGAAAACUGCUCUCUUGUUUCCCCUUCAUACUUAUGUAACUGUACAGGAACAGGUUACACAGGCCUGCAGUGUGCAGAUGAUCUGGAUGAAUGCCAACAGAAUCCCUGCCAACAUGAGGGGACAUGUCUGAAUUCAGUUGGCAGUUUUUCUUGUAACUGUGCUGGCACUGGUUACCAUGGGAGCUUAUGUCAAACAGAUGAUGAUGAAUGUCAAGGACAAAAUAAAUGUUAUAAUGGAGGCACCUGUGUAAACACAGAUGGCUCCUACAAGUGUCAAUGUCCAGUAGCCUGGACAGGAGCUGAGUGUGGGCAGAACAAAGAUGACUGUCAGCUUCAGCCAUGCAGCAAUGCUGGGGUGUGUAUAGAUCGAGUUGGAGGCUAUUCUUGUGAUUGUACAGGAACAGGUUUCACAGGUGCCAACUGUACAGAGAACAUUGAUGACUGUGUCAACAACAGGUGUGUUAAUGGCAGGUGUGUUGAUGGUGUCAGACAAUACACAUGUGUCUGUAAUGGAACAGGCUACACAGGCACUUUCUGUGAGACCAAACUAAACAGCUGCAGUUCUACAUUUUGUUCCAACAAUGGAGUUUGUCUGGAUGUGAGCGGUGUCUUGUCCUGCAACUGCAGCAGCACCGGCUACACUGGUCAGUUCUGUCAGACAGAUGUGGAUGAGUGCUCCAACCAAACACACGGCUGCCAUCUAGCCUCACAGUGUGUCAACAUCCCAGGUGGCUACUACUGUCACUGUGGGAAUGACAGCACAGGUAAACUUUUAGGUGGCUACUACUGUCACUGUGGGAAUGACAGCACAGGUAAACUUUUAGGUGGCUACUACUGUCACUGUGGGAAUGACAGCACAGGUAAACUUUUAGGUGGCUACUACUGUCACUGUGGGAAUGACAGCACAGGUAAACUUUUAGGUGGCUACUACUGUCACUGUGGGAAUGACAGCACAGGUAAACUUUUAGGUGGCUACUACUGUCACUGUGGGAAUGACAGCACAGGUAAACUUUUAGGUGGCUACUACUGUCACUGUGGGAAUGACAGCACAGGUAAACUUUUAGGUGGCUACUACUGUCACUGUGGGAAUGACAGCACAGGUAAACUUUUAGGUGGCUACUACUGUCACUGUGGGAAUGACAGCACAGGUAAACUUUUAGGUGGCUACUACUGUCACUGUGGGAAUGACAGCACAGGUAAACUUUUAGGUGGCUACUACUGUCACUGUGGGAAUGACAGCACAGGUAAACUUUUAGGUGGCUACUACUGUCACUGUGGGAAUGACAGCACAGGUCAGCACUGUGAAACAUUACUUCCUCAAACUGUGACGACCUCUGAUCUAAGUGAGGGAGGCUUGGCGGCCAUUCUUAUUCUUAUUAUUGCUAUUAUCAUUCUCAUCAUACUUCUGACGGUCUGGCAGUUGAAGAGGAGGAAGAAGACACAUGGCAUCUACAAGCCAGCAGAAGUGGAGGGGCAGGUCAGAAAUGGGAGCAUCGCUUUAAACAAAUUUUCUGACAGAAGAGAGUUACUUAUAUGAAUGAGUGUUAGACAGGUGUUUACAUUUGUGGCUCCUACACUUAUUUUACUUUCUCUUGAAUAAGAACAUUAAGAUGUGUGUAUAGAAUGGCAGGCAUAUGAUCACUGUUACAAAAAGAGCAACUUAAAAACUAUCAUUAGGUUUCUA